UUUCCAUUGUUGUGAAAGUACGUUAUACGUUUUUUUGCAUUGCGUAUAUGUAUUGAUAAAGCACGAUUUGUAUAGUUAUUUCUCUUUUUCAUAAAUAAGAAGUACAUUAAAUUUUUAAUUUUCCCUUCUCCUUUAAUUAAAUUUUGUAGGUUAUACAUUUAAACAGUUGAUAAACGUCAGAAACUUAUAAUAAAAAUUGAGAUUUAAAAACAUUAAAUUGAGGUUAAUAAUUUCGUAGAUCGUUCCGGAAAUUUCUUCAUAAAUUUGCAAAAUAUAAUGUUCUGAAAAAAUAUUUUUUUUAAAAAUGUUGGGUUUAAUUUGCUCUGGGCGUUUGGUCCAAACUAACUUCGAACAAGUUUCUGAGACAAAAUUACUUUUCACCGUUCCUGAUGCUGACGAUAUUAAUCACAUUGUCUUAUUCCUAGUAGGAACUAUUCCUUUUCCGGAUAAUAUGGCUGGAGCAGUUUACUUUAGCUGGCCCGAUCCAAAUGCUCCUCCAAAUUGGCAAUUUUUAGGAUACAUUUCCAAUUCAAAGCCAUCGGCAAUUUUUAGAAUAUCCAACUUAAAGAAAAAUGACGAAUUCGAAAAUCAGAAUUUAAGUAUUUUCGGAAUGGGAAAAAUUUCUCACGUUGCACAAGUUGGAAUUUCAGUUGAACCAUUGGCGGCAGUUGAACAACAAGCGGCUGCACUCCACGAUCAACAGACAAAUACAUUUAUUGAAUUCGCUCAAAAAACGCUGUCAAACUUUGUAAAUUAUGUCUCAAGUUUCUCAACAACACAAACUCAAAUGCUUCCAAAUUUAACAGAAAAUUACGUUCCACUUUCAACAAUUCAAACAUGGUACGAAAGGUUUGAGAGACGAUUGCAGCAAAAUCCAAAUUUUUGGAAAACAUAACUAAAAUUGCAUUCUACUUACAAAAGAAAAAAUUGGAAUCAGUUGCUAAUAUAAUUUUUACAUUUACAAAAAAAAUGAAUAAAAAUUCAGUGAUGUAAUUAAUAUCCUUACUGAUUUCAACAGAUUUACAUACUGUCUUUUAUUAUACUGGAAUAGUAUGUUCUUUAUAUACAAUUUUUCGUAUUUUUUUUUAUAUCCAAUGGAUAAUAAAUGUAAGUUUUCAUUUAUAAAACAUUUUUAUCAAUUCAAA